CCUGUGCCCUCGUAACCGCAAGAAUUGGCCGUCGCCUUUACUGCCUGCAUCCACGCACACACCCAAGGCACAUUUGUUCCAAAGCCUGCCGUACUGAUUCAUCUCCUCUGCUUGAUAGCCGGCGGUCUGAAGGUCCCCCUCCCAUGCUGCCGCCGUAGGCUUUCCCCCUGCAUCAUGCCGCCCUCCGCAGCGCCGCCGCAGCUCAAGUUCACGGAUCGCCAGCGGCGCUUCGAGCUCACCGACCUGUUCCCCAAGGACCCCUACAGCGAGCCGGCGAAGAGGCAUGGCAUCGCCGAACUGGUAAAUUCCGGCAAGGCGGUGGAACUGCUAGAGAUUGAGAAGUCCGGCCAUUGGGGCAAGCGAUGGCUGCACUUCCCCAAUCGUCGCAUUCUCCGGAUGAGAGAGAAUGAGCGUGGCUUCGGAACGCCAGAAUUUCCUCCUCUGCUUGGCUGGCGCAAGUGGCUCUUCGAAGCCUUUGUGCCCGUCGGGUACCCAAGCUCCGUCUCCAGCGACUACACGGCCUACCAGACGUACGACUCCCUGCAGGCCUUCUUCUCGACAAUCACGUCUCUGCUCGCCAAUCGAGCGCUGCUCCAGGGCCUGGGGGUCGGAGACGCCAACUCGUCGGCCACGUACGCCAUGCUGCUCACGGUGCUCAAAGACGCCACAUCCCGCAUCGCCACCAUCAUAUUCGCCCAUCGCUUCGGCCUCGUCAUCGAGCCCGAGGCCAAAAAGUACCGCUUCCUCGCCGAUCUCUUCAACGACUCUGCCUUCUUCCUCGAGCUCUUCAGCCCGUACUUUGGGUCCUUUGGCAAGGCCGCGGCGCUUUGCGUGGGGGAGGCGCUGAGAGCAGUGUGCGGCGUCGCGGCGGGCGCGAGCAAGGCGGCCUUGAGUGCCCACUUUGCGCAGCAGGACAAUCUGUCCGAACUCAACGCCAAGGAGGCCAGCCAGGAGACCGCCAUCGGCCUCAUAGGCCUGCUCGUCGGGACUAUCAUCGUCCACUUGGUUGAGAACCAGAUGGUUGUCCUCGUGAUGAUGAUUGCCCUGGUCUACAUGCACCUCCGCAUGAAUUUCAAAGGCGUACGCGCCGUUCAGCUGAAGACGCUCAACAAGCAGCGUGCCAGCAUUCUUUUCGAGUGGUACCAGACCAUGGGGUACGUACCCACGCCUAUGAAGGUGGCCGAGAUGGAGAGCAUCCUGUUUUGGAACGGCAAGAUCACCAACGCGGAAGAGGAGCCCGUCUGCCGUAUCGACUACGCCACAAGCUUCGAGGAUGCCAUGGGACCGCCGGAGACCAGAGACCAGGUCAUCGUGGUCGACGGAUUCAUGCACACGAGAUUCGUGCGCCCCUACUGCUCGCCCAAGAAGCUGGCGGAGAUCAAGAUCAUCAUGUGGGAAGAUGCGGAGCCACAGCAUGUCCUCCUUGCCUGGUUCACAGCUAUGCAGACGGCCUACGUGAUGGAAAAGAGAGUUCCCUACGGAGACGCCAGAAAAGAAGACUUUUACCGAUCCAAGGAUGAUAAGAGCCCGGAGAGACUCAUCGAUUGGCCACAUAGGGGUGCCCGCGAUGAGCUGCUCUGGGAGAAGAUGGAGCGGUACUCGUGGGACCUCAACGCCGGAUCGUUGGAGGGUGGCGACUCGGCUCGGAUCAGUACGUGUUUCUCCAAGAUCAGCGUGGAUCACUAGCACGUCGAGUAGAGUAGACUCGCUUGUCAUUUUGGCUUUGGCAACAUUUUCUCUGGGGCCUCUCUUACGACUUGGUAGCCAUGUACAUCACGCAGAGGCAUGCGUAAAUCAUGCUAUGUUAUUCCAUGUUGUUCCUUAGGGACCCGGUGGCUUGCAUAGCUCUUGUGGUGAUAUAAUUCGAGAGGCCCCCUGUCAGGGUAGAGUUUCCUCCGGCCCGAAGCAAGGUUUGUCUCCUACCAGAGUCAAUACGAUGCGCAAAUCAGUAAACACGACUUGAAGGCGCA